AAACGCGCGUCGACGAUGUCGUGCGCGUGCUUGUGGCCGUGGCCGUGCGCGCUCCCCCGCUCCUGUGUGACUCAGUGAGAUUGAGGUGAAUAGUUAGAUAGCCGAGACGAACCUACAGCCACACCGGCUUUAUUUUAUUGAACAAAAACCAUCACUGCUUAGAAAACAUGUCCAAACUGGACCAAGUGUUAAUUCUCGAGCCGCCGACUGACCUGAAAUUCAAAGGCCCGUUCACAGACGUUGUGACCACCAACCUCAAGCUCCGAAACCCGUCUGAAAGAAAAGUAUGCUUCAAGGUGAAGACAACCGCACCACGUCGCUACUGUGUGCGGCCUAACAGUGGCUCUAUUGAUCCGGGUUCCUCAAUCAUAAUCUCUGUAAUGCUGCAGCCUUUUGACUACGACCCAAAUGAAAAGAGUAAACAUAAAUUCAUGGUGCAGACCAUUUUUGCGCCAUCCAACAUAACCGACUUGGAAGCAGUGUGGAAGGAUGCAAAGCCAGAGGACCUUAUGGACUCCAAGCUCAGAUGUGUUUUUGAACUGCCUUCAGAAAAUGAUAAAAUGAAUGACAUAGACCCAGCCAAAGCUGCCCCCGUCCUCAACUCCUCCAAGGCAGACAGCACAUCGGCAGCCAAGCCCAGCAGCAUGGCUAUGGAUGACACAGAGAUGAGAAAGCUGAUGGAGGAGUGCAAGAGGCUGCAGUCAGAAGUGAGCAAAUUGGGAGAUGAGAACCGACAACUUAAGGAUGAGGGUCUGCGGAUGAGAAAGGUCCAGCGCUCAGAAAACAUGGUCUCAAACACAGCAGCCAUGGCAAGGAAGGAAACCAGUUCCAAGUCGCUGCCCUCCCUGCUUGUUGUUAUUGCAGCUAUCUUCAUUGGAUUCUUCCUGGGGAAGUUUGUGUUGUAGGAUAAAUGCGUGUGUUCUGCCCAGCUCCUUCCAGUGUCUUCUGGGCCUAAGGGGCGAAGUGUGUGUUCUUGUCAUUCAGCGUCGCAUCAGUGCUAGUCUGGCCUAAGGCGGCGGGAAAAAUGCGUCUGUGUACAGAAUCAUUCAAACAGGCCUUGCCUUUUUGCAAUCUCACACGGUUAGUACACAUACACACUCAAAAGAGAAGAACAAAGUCUCUGGUUUUUUCCCCCCCAUUUUCUUUUCUUUUUGGUUGCGGUGAGGGGUAUUUCUUUUUUUCUUCCAAGGGUGGGACGAGUUUAACUGUACAUUUAUUAAUACAUCAAUUGCAGUCAAAUUGCCGGCACUGUGUAGAGACCUUUAUGGUAAUGAAAAGAAAAAUCUAUGAUAAAUAAAAUUAAAUGUCCUUGCUUCCUUUAUGUGGUUUAAUAAGUGUUGGAAUGUUUUAAGCGUCUUGUACAUGUCAUUCUAAUCCUUUAUUGAAAAAUUUAAGACUCAAAAGGAAAAAAAUUAAGCUGUGUGUUGCUGGUUGGCCUCUUCACAGUGAAACUGAGCUUCAGAUUUACAAUAAUUUUGUUUUCAGGAAUGUGAAGAAUUCUGCUGAGAGACUGUGCCUCCUUCCAUGUACAUUAUUUUCUCACAUCUUACUCCUACAUUGUCUUAGCAUUUACUUUAUGCAAAUUAUAUACUCAUUUGUGAGGCAACUGUUAACUGAAACAUGACCACUCUGACUGUAUAUGGUAUUUAACAUUGAGCCACUGGGAAAUAAGAGAAAUUAAAAUUAAAUAAAAAUAUCUAACAUUCUUG